AUGCGCAUUUCUAACUUACCCGAGGAAUUCUCUGGGCCACAACGAAAUGACACCUUAGGUGUGCCACUGCUUGACUGUGACUGCAUAUGGACCAUAUGGGAGUCAGAGCAGGACAUUGCAUACCUUCAAGAUCCAGAGGUUGUUCAGCUGUACACCAAAACUAGCAAAAUAGUGAAAGGUGGUAGAGAGCUUCCACUCUAUUGCUGCUCCAGAGGCUCAACAUGUCACAACCAUCUUGACUUCUUUAUUCCUGGUAUGUUAAUUGUUUAUUUUUUCUAUGAAAUUAGAUAUAAUUACUUUUUAAACAUGUACGUAAAAAUCGUAAAAAGCUGCCAGAAAAAAAUGUAUGCAAAAAAUAAAUUCUCCUUAUUGUUGUUUUUAUUAUCAGUAUUAAAAAAUUUUAUUUCUUUAUGUCAUCAUUAGUACCUAUGAUACUUCUAUUUUCUUGAUUUGAGGUACCAGUGCAAAUGAUCUGCACUUUCAUGCCUUCUUGCUGGAAGGUGUGGCAAGAUGGAACAGAGAUAGAGAAGUGGCAGGAGUUACAGAAGCUAAUUCGGACACCAUAUAUUGUUCACGACUUCUGCCGUGA